AUGACAUUGACCAUUGAAAUACUUAAAGAUAACGAAGUGCCCUACUUUCUAUUAGAGAAAAUCCAGGGCAUCUUUCAUCAUAGAUCAAAUUCAUCUAAAUCAACAAAUUCUUUUUUGUCUCAAUUAGUACUUCAAGUAUUUCAUAUCGGUAUAUGA